UACAACGAUAGAAAUGUUUCAGUUGAUGAAAAGGGUGAUUUAUUAAUAUUCUUGAGCGGAAUAAGUGAAAUUACUGCAGUCGUAGAUGCUGCCAAGGAAUACAGUACGAAGAAAAAUAAUUGGAUAGUUUUACCACUUCACAGUACUCUCUCUAUCAUUGAGCAAGACAAGGUAUUUGAUUACGCACCUGACGGUGUUAGGAAGUGUAUUGUCGCAACUAAUAUUGCGGAAACUUCUAUUACCAUUGAUGGAAUCAGAUUUGUCGCAGAUAGUGGAAAAGUGAAGGAAAUGAGUUACGAUCCAUCGUGUAAAAUGCAAAGACUUAAAGAAUUUUGGAUAAGCAAGGCCAGUGCGGAACAAAGAAAAGGAAGAGCUGGCAGGACUGGACCUGGAGUUUGUUAUAGAAUUUAUUCAGAAGAAGAGUACAGGAUGUUGGAAAAAUAUUCAACGCCAGAAUUGCAACGUGUACCUUUAGAUUCUUCACUAUUGCAAAUGAUAGCGAUGGGACUUCCUGAUGUGCGAAAGUUUCCAUUUAUAGAACCACCAUCAGCCAAUAGUAUAGAAAACGCUGUACUAUCUCUAAAAGAUCACGGUGCACUUAUGGACAACGAAAAGAUCACAUGUAUAGGUAAAGCCUUAGCACGGCUGCCUGUUGAUAUUACAAUAGGGAAGAUGUUAAUAAUGGGAUCCAUUUUUCAUCAGGUGGAUCCCGUGCUGUCAUUGGCUUCUGCUCUAAGUAUACAAACACCAUUCACCAACAGGGCUUACAGAGACAUCGAAUGUGAAACAUCUAGAAAGAAGUUAGAAUCCGAUCAUGGUGAUCCAAUAACGUUACUGAAUGCAUUUAAAGAAUGGCUGGAAGUGAAACAAGAAAAUUGUCAAGAAUAUAGAAGCAAUAGUAAUAGCAGUAGAAAAUGGUGCAGAAGAAGAGGUUUAGAGGAACAACGGUUCUACGAAAUGACGAAAUUGAGGGCCCAAUUUAAAGACUUACUCCAAGACUGCAAUUUGCUCAAGAGUCUCCCAGGACCAAAUUCUUCCAUGACGAGCGCAGAACGUGCGAUAAGACAUGGAGAAUUGAAACUUUUGAAAUCUCUCAAAAGAACUUACAGACAAAAUGAGCCUAAAAGGCGUAAACAAUUAAAAGUAGAAACCUUCGAUAUACAAUUGGAGGAUAAUGAUGAGGGCAGGGGCGAGCUCGACAUGAAAGAUAUAGAAUUUCGAAUGAGAAAUGAUUCGAGUCAGGUGCAGAAUCUUUUAACAGCGUCUACCGCAUGUACCUAUAAAGAUCUAAUGAUGUUGAAAUUGAUAUUAUGUAGUGGUUUAUAUCCACAAUUUGCUUGUGCCGACGAGUUUAAUUAUUGCAAGUCUACAAGUGAGCAAUUGUUUCACACAAAAGCGAAACCAUAUGUUGCUUUGCAUCCAAUGAGUUUUUUUGGAAAUCAUCCACAAGUUUUGCAACUCGAAGAAGCGGAUAUAAUGCCAAUGCCAGGGUUUACGAGCAAGGCUCCUGUUAGUUCGAAACAUCAGAUAUUGGUAUAUCUAUCUCUCUUGGAAACUACCAAACCAUAUCUGGUAAAUACUUUAAGAAUGCCUGCCGCACAAACGUUGCUAUUAUUUGCGCAUGAAAUAGACACAAAUAGCACAUUCUCCAUAAUAGCAUGCGAUUCGUGGCUGAUGUUAGAAUUUCCUGCGCCUGAUAGUGGUCAAGUUUUAUUAAUGAAAGCUACCAAAUUAAGAAAUAAGUGGGAUUUCUUAUUAAAUCAACAAUUGCAAAGAUCCGAUGAUGUUAACGAUGAAAAAAAAGAUUUUGGUCAAGUUGAACAAAGUUUUACACAAGAACUGAUUGAAUAUAUGCAUACUGCGAUACCAUACACUAUAAAACGGCUCUUACCAGCCGAUCUGAAAAUGAUAUAUGUUGGUAAUGGCAAUAAUGACAUGACUGUAGAGCCUAAUCCUUUCCAAUCUGAUUUUAAAAGUGUACCAAAUAUAAUUAAAGGUGGAGUUUAUUUAACAGAUAAUAUUACAUACAAUUGUGUAAAAGAAACUAAUUGGAGUGAACAGCUAAUUGCAGAAAUCCAAGAAACCGAAUGGCAUUGCGAAAAUUGUAAUUUUCAAGCAAUCCUGUCGAGUAUCGAAAAGCUUCAACAUCAGAACUCUUGUACUACAAUCGCAGAUACGACUAGCAUUGAUGAAAAAAGUGAAAAUAUCACACGAAAAGCUAAUAGUCAAGUAUACAAAUGUCCUAAUUGUUUGCUAACAUUAUAUCUCACGCCUAUCGAAAUAUUGAAGCAUAAAAAAUUGCAUAUCAAAGCUAGCUAAAAUAUCUAUCGGUUGUAUAUGUAUAAAUGGAGUAUGUAUAUAGUUUAGUAAAAGAUAAUGUUUUUACAUAUAUAACUGGUUCUACUUUUCAACUUAGAAAUAUAUAAACAUCGACGAUUAACGAGCCUAUUAACAAAAUUCUAUAUACAUGUUAGCUACAUGUAAAUGUUUGUGUAUGUUUUUCAGAAUAAUUUGACCAAAAUCUUUUUUUUCAUCGUUAACAUCAUCGGAUCCUAAUGUAACAUAUAUAUUAAUUUUGCUACAUACACAAAUAUAGUUACCUUGCUUUAAAUUUUUAUACAAAACUAAUAUUUUAGUAUUAUUGGCAAGCAGUUUGCGACUCUAAAAAUUCGUUUGCACAUACGAGAGUUUUAUGUAUUUGAAAAAAAUUUGAAAUGUUCUUUAACAAAUUAAAAAAAAAA